UCAGUUUUUCUGCCUCAAGGCUAUCCUGAAAGUGUUAGCGGUGAUUACUUGACAUAUCAGCUAUGGGAUACUCUUCAGGCAUUUUGCUCAUCUAUUACCGGUACGCUAGCAACUCAGGCUAUAUUAAAAGGUGUUGGAGUUGGUGAUGAGAAAGCUACUGUUGCCGCAGCUGCAAUGACAUGGAUGUUAAAAGAUGGAACGGGAAUGAUAGGUCGAAUAUUAUUUGCGUGGCUUCGAGGAACCAGUCUGGAUUGCGAUGCUAAGAAGAUGCUUAUAUUUAUAUCAUAUAGAUUAUUUGCUGAUUUCUUAAAUGAUGGAGCUUUAUUCAUUGAAAUGAUAGCUCCGAAUUUUCCCCAUCUGUUUACACUAUUAUUAUGUGUGGCUAGCGUUGCUAAGUCAAUUGUUGGUGUGGCUGGAGGAGCUACAAGAGCCGCUUUGACAAUGCAUCAAGCACGAAGAAAUAAUAUGGCUGAUGUAUCUGCUAAAGAUGGUAGCCAGGAAACUUUGGUAAAUCUCUCUGCUCUAAUAGUGGGCCUAUUCUUAUUGCCUGCAGUGACUGGAAAUGCUAGGAUUAUCUGGACGCUGUUUUUUAUGUUUACUAUGCUACACCUUUACGCUAACUACAAGGCCGUUAGUUCUGUAGUUAUGGAAACGUUAAACAGAGAACGUUUGCAUAUUCUUGCUUAUAAUUUUUUUCGAUAUGGCUCAAUCUUGUCCCCAGCUGAAGUUUGUCAGAGAGAGUCGGUUAUAAUUAUGAAAGAUCAAUAUAAAUUGCGUAUGAUUUUAGGAGCUGAAUUUAAAGAAUCAAUUUCAAGGUAG